AUGGGCGUCAUUGUAUCGGUGGUGCAGUACAUUGCGCCCGUAUUCCUGGUCACCUCGCCCAUAACCUCCUACGCCGACCAGAUCUACACCAUGCACCGCACACGGUCCUCUGCCGGCUUCUCUCUAGACAUCCCGUUAAUAAUGCUAGUAGCUUCGAUCCUCAAAGUCUACUACUGGCUAACCGCGCACUUCGCUCUCGCCCUCCUCAUCCAAUCCGUCCUCAUGAUCGCCGUCCAGUUCCUCCUCCUCCACGUCGCCCUCUCCAACCGCCCCGCCACCGCCUCCACCACAUACAUCCCCUUCAUACCUCCCUCCCCCUCGCCCUGGAACCCGACCUCAUUCUGGCGCUGGCGGCCCGCGCGGCCCUACUGGCUCUUCCUGGCCUACCUCAGCCUCGCGCUCCUCGUGCUGCAGGUCCUGGCGGGCCCGUACCCGGCCUACAGCACCGUCCAGGGCUAUCUCGCGCUCGGCAUCGAAGCGACGCUGCCGCUGCCGCAGCUGGCGGCGAAUCAGCGGCGGAGGAGCGUCAGGGGCUUCAGGGCGAGCGUCCUCGCCAACUGGCUCCUGGGCGACGCGUUCAAGAUGGUGUGGUUCUUUACCGCGCCGAAGGGCGAGGUGCCGGGGGUGUUUAAGGCGUGUGGCGUCUUUCAGGCGGCGUGCGAUGUGCUGCUGGGUGUGCAGGCUUGGGUGUUUGGAGACGGGGUCGCGGUCGGAGACGUGGGGGGUGUGGUUAGGGAUGAGGUUGUGGGGAUCAAGGAGGUUGGGGGCGUGGCGAUGGAGGAGUUGGAGGGGGCGUGGGAGGGGCGGAGGGGGGUGUGA